AUGGAAGCUCUUAACACUCUUCGGCCUGUUUUUGAUGCUUAUGAUAGAGGCUACAACUUUGGCGAACAGGGACUUUAUUAUGAUAUCAAGCAUAACCCUGUCAACCACUUUAAAGCCUUCUAUCAACUCUCUCGUCUCUUUGUACAUCUUGCAAUAUUCUCUGCCAAAACAUCCUGGGAAUUCGAUGGUCUAAUGCUGUCGAUAAACUGGACUACUGGCGCCGAGUUGUCAACCUUGACUCAAAAGCCCUCAAGCCGCAAGAAGAAGAGGUUUGACAGGCAAACAAGAUACACGGCAAGGUUCACAGUGGAGUAUGAAGCUACCUCCUACAUCGCCAAUCUAACUCGUCGAAAUCAUCAAGAGAUUUCUGGUCGAUGCGUCGCUGUGGACCCAGGAAGAAGAGAUACGUUGUAUUUUGUGCAUGAAAACUCUACACCAGAGCAACCAGUGAAAUUUCGGUACACUAAACAACAGCAAGACAAGACGUGGAAAAUCAAAAAGUACCGUCGAAUCUUGCAAGAUCUCAAAGCCCAGGAUCCUGACGUCGUUCAAGCUGAGCAAGCCCUUUCUCAACUGUAUAAUAUGCGAUAUUCAUUAUCAUAAAAUUUAUGUUCAAUAUGCUCUGUGUUUACCAUCACUUAUUUUAUUGUAAUUUAUAUACCAUCGUCUUGCAAUUAUAGAUAGUGGAACUUUUUCUCUUUCAGCUAUCAGAAUAUGUUUACAAGGCAGGCUGUAAUGAAGUAUCACUGCACAACGAUAAGCUUCCAUGUAAGCUAUUGGCGCUUUCGACUCUUGAAUUUCUAGCAGCUCAUAAAAUAUACGGUCAAG